AUGAGACCAGAAGGGAGGAAGAAGAAGAAGAAGAAGCCGUCGUCCUGGCAUGUUGUACAUUUCCCCGUCCACCUCAGCGCCACCCGGAUGAGCAGAAGCCGUGGUCGGGAGGGGGGGGGCCGGCCCAUCCCCCCUUGGCGGUGGAGGGCGGCGCCACCUGCCUACCGCCAUUGAUUGGCCGGCGAGCUCCGGCGGGAAAAGCGCGUCUCCGGUGAGGGAGGGUUCGCAGUUGGGUGGCUGGCGGAAGGCGGAUGCCACCUGGGCGCCUGGCUGGCCGCGGAUAGCGACGGAUUCCGCUGACUGGGCGGCGCCAUCUCCGCCGUCCCAUCCACCCCGCAGUCUACGCUUCCGCCCUCGCUGCCCACGUGGCUGGCGCCGGGCGGUCCGCAAUCCGCCGACGCCGUCAACCCCAUCCAGGUCCUAGCCUAUUUAUGAGUUCAGCUCGCACGUGACAGGGCUUAACGUGCUUCGCCAGAGCCGCCCAAAAACGGAUCGGAGACAGCUGGGGCGGGUCUCAAACAAGUAAAUAGCCGUCCGAGGGCCGCUAGCUCUCUCUCUCUCUCUCUAGGGAGGAUGGACAGUGGACCGUGCGCCCGCCGUCUUUUCCUCUCAAAAGGAACUGUCCUCCUCGUUCUCUUGUCGACAAUGACGUCAUGGCAGCCGGGUUUCCGGGGAUGGACAAACGUUGGAUAAUAAUAUUUUAAUCAGAGUCGUAAGAUUAUUUAAUGUUUUUCUACAAGGUUAUUAAUGAAGUGAUAAAUAUACUGAAAUUAAGUCUCAUAUUUUUUCCCUGCAUUUCUUCAAAUAAUAUGCUCGUAAAUUUGAUUAAUUCAAAUCACACCACAAUAUAAUAAGAAGAAGAAUAUUCUUGAGGGAGGCAGGAUGUCAGUCAACGGGCGGACUAGCUCGGAAGGUAAUAGACCAGUCAACGGCGGAGAAGCAGACCCAUCAGAACCGUCGUCCUGUGACUGCUCCCGGUGGCGCUGCCGUGUGAGAUUUCCUAUCCUACCAAGAAGACCCAACACCUACACAAAGACUCACCCACCUUGUCCCCAAAGGAAGAGAGAGAGAGGGAUAGAGAGAGAGAGAGAGAGAGAGAGAGAGAGAGAGAGAGAGAGAGAUGGAGAAUUGGGUGGGGUGACGAGGGCUCCGAGUAUACUGGACAUAAGAUGCUCCCACGAUGAACGAUUACGAAGGUAAUCUUCACUUUGGAUAAUACACACUAUUAAAAAAAUGUAGACAAAGUAACAACUACCUCCAUUACAGAUAGAGGAGAGAGAAUGAUAAAAAAUUCCUUCUCUCACCUUCUUAGUUCUUUAAAUAAGGAGAAACCCUAGAUACACUUUCCUAAAACACCCUUAGACUUCAACAAUAUAAUAUUUUAACCUUCUAACACUCCCCCUCAUGAUGAAUUUUAUACUAGUUCAUCUUUAAUUAGAUUGUUGACUAUUUAUGGUGGCUCAUGUGCUAAAAUUCUUAUUAAAAGAUAUAGAAUGAUUAUAUAAUUAGGCAGUGUUUGACUGAGCUCUAACUUUGAUAUUAUGUUAUAAAACAUACAGAAAUGACAUAUGAUCUCUAUCACAGAGGACAUAGGAAGAAAGAAUGGUAGACCACCACCUCAACUUUUCUCUCACCGUUUUAAGUCUCUUAAGGACAGAGAAACCCUAGUAACACUUUUUCCAAAAUAUCUUUAAAUUUUAACAGUAUAAUAUUUAACCUUGUAACUCACAAUUUUACACGUAAAUGAAAUUAGUUCUUACAGAAUAUUCUAAAUUAUCACCUUUAUGUUUUUUGGGAAAAUAAGUUUUUUAUAAAAUUGAAAUUAGCCAUGUCGAAUCAGCCCCACCGGAGGCCGGAAGAGUGCAAGAGAGAGAAACAUCGAGGAUCAUAGAGAGAUAAUUUCUAGUGAUGAUUGAGUAAGAACUCUUGGAACUAUAUCUAGUGAUAGUUUCUCUAUGGGCUAGUAAGUUUCCUAGGAUCUCUCACUAAGACCUCCAAUGAACACCACUCUGGCUGUCCCUGCGGGGAACAGAACCAUUGAAACCCUUACUUGCGAGGUGAUGCCCAAAAAGCUUCCCACUCCAUUUCUUCGUUCAUAUGCACUGCUGAAGUGGAGAGAACCCUCUGCGGGGACCGAUCUUGAUAUGUUCACUGUUCUUGGAUGAGUCACCUUUCUUUCUUCGACGUACCCAGAUGGCGAAUCCUCUGGGAUGGGGGGUUGCAUAAUUUCUCACAACCAUGCCAGUUUGAUCAUCCCUGGAGAUGAACAGAACUAGUAUCAGCGGUGCAUACCAAAAAUGGAUUUCGAUCGAGUAAAACAUGAAUAAAUAAUUGGCAAAUGAACCUUACAUGGGCAUAAUCCUCCACAGAUGAUGAUGGAAUCGACUGAAGUAACUGUUUAUAGAAAUCACUGCGCAGAAAAACUCGGAAGUCAACUCCCAGCUCAGACAGAAUAUGCAACUGAAAACAACGGAGAAAGAGAGACAAUGAUCUUCGAUAUGUUCAUGGAGCGCAACAAAGACCCCUCUCCAUGAACUUUCAAUUUACCUUUACCUCCUCCACCUGGGAAAUUACAUAUGAGUAGAAAGUAAUAGAAUAAAUCGUAAAAAAAUCAUCUUUGGCCUUCCAAAGAGCCCAAAAAAAUUAAAGCACGCAAGGGCUCCAGAAUUUAGGGUUCAGAAGAGGAUUGGAGACGUGAAGCAGCAAACCUUAGGAGUUGCACGUCCUCGUCAUUCAACAAGUUUGGUAUCAAAGAUACAGCAUAAUCUGACAAAGACCCUACACGUCGAAACUCGGGUAUCAGAUCAUGCAGGGAGGACCAACUGGCAGCAAACCAUCAUGAGCAUAAACCAGAGGCAUCUAUCUACCCAAGUUUUUACGGAUUGUAGCAGCUCUCUGCAAGUCGUCAUUUACAGGAGCGUCUGAUGGCAAGUUGGGGGAGACCCCGUGCACGCACUCGAGAAACUUGUUGAGAAAUAAAUACUUCUCUUCUUCUGUAAAUUAAAAACAACAUACUCAAUACAAAACCAUCCAUGAGAAUCGAAUAUAACUUCCAAGAACACUUAAAUAUUGUCACAGAGAACAUUGCAUGUAUGCUCAAGAUUGCACAGAUAAAAACUAAUAAUUAGUCCACAAACCAUGAUACCAUGUUCCAUAGAUUACAUUAUUGACCAGAGCAUCCUUCUCUUUACCCAAGAGACUUUUCUCUUCUUUCACACUAGGAAAGGGGAUAGAUAAUGUUUGCAAGAGGGCAAUUUAAUCUGAAGAAGAAAAUGUGGAAGGAAAGCGCUUUAAGAUUGUGUGGAAAGUUUAAAGUGUUUACCUUCGCAUAUAUUAGGAACGAAACAGUGCAAGUUUGCUAUAAUCUUCACCAAAUAAGAUAUUCUCUGCUGCGCAUAAGAGAUAGGAGGCACGCUGCUGAGACUUCCAGGAGGGCAGGCAAAAUUGGGCUCGCUCAGCAGGAUAGGCUCUUCGAAGGGACUAUCAGACCCACCGUUGGAAAAGCUCAAUGCUGUGCCAGAUGCCGCAAAUGGAUCGUACUCGAGUAUCACAUCUUCCUCGGUCAUUGGGACAUCAGUAGAGCACCAACUGGAACAAAAUUCUUCAUGGGGCAUUGCUAAAAUUUCUGCAAGCACUUUUGUCUGACAAAAAUAAACUUUCAAUAAGAUAAAUAUGAGAUCAAUGGGUUCAGCCUAGAUCAGGAAAGAUAUAACAACUUACAAUAUUAGCCAUGAAGAAAGACCGGAAAUUCGAAUCAUCUGAGAAAAUGUCAGCCAGUCGCAUCGAAUUUAGAAUGACUAAACCCUUUGGGUCGGUCUUCCCAAGAAAAUGGGUCGACUGUUUGGCCUCGGAACCGAAGGCAGAUUUCAGUAAAUCCAAAAUCUGCAAUCAUAUCACACAAACAGAAACACAAAAAACAACUCGUAUUAAAAAAAUAGGCAUGAAACUCAUCUCUUUCCAGCUUGUUAGCACUACCAGACCUCUAGCACAACAGAUUUUGCCAGAUCCAUGCUCUUUUGAGAGCCAGCAACCUCAUCGAGAUAGGAAACAUUCUCUGCUUCACAGAGCUGCAAUAACUGCACAGCCAACAUGUCAUCUCUGGUCUGACCGAUGAUCACAAUUUAAAACAUCAACUGCAGAAGGUAAAACUACAGAAAACCUCUUUCAGAACAAGACGAACCCGUCACUUUGAACUUACAAUAGAAAGAACCUUUGAUUUCUGCCUGGAUAUGGCAGCCAUUAUAUCAGAGGAAUCCCUAAAGCAUUGAGGCACAUUUAAGUUAAGGAUUUUCCGGGCAAGUGAAAGAAUUCCCCCAUUUCUGCAUAAUUCCUGUGAACAUAAAAUAACUUUGUAAUUCAUUAAAAUGACGAAGAACUGUAAAAAGACCUGCUCCAAAUUUAUGACAAAAAGAUGGAUCGAAAAGCAGGAUAAAGUUUGGCAUGGGGCACCUUAUUGGAAAGUAUGCGAUCUCGGAAAAUCUUUUGCUGGCAUAAAGAUAGAAUAAAUUGCAAUGAGGCCUCACAUUGGUAGCAGAUAUGCUUAACUAUCUUUUCGGUCGGGGCUUUGUAGGUUAAAACGUCAUUAUUUAGUGCUGACAACUUGGCACUCAAAAAUCUAAUAUCCACAUGGACAGCAUCAAAUGCAACAUCCAUAAAAACAUCAACCUGAAAUGUCAACGAAAAAGCCAUGAACAAUAGGUCUUACUUGAUGACCAGUAAAUGAGAUAGAUGAAGGGAUAAAAAUAUUUUAUCAGAAUAUGGAAAAAUAGCUAAAAAAAGCGUGGCAGACUAAGAAAAUAAACUCUGAAUUUAAUAUUAAGUCAUGGUCAGGAAAAUAGGACCAAAAUAUCAAUAUUCUAAGCAAAUGUUGCCAGAAGAGAAUCACCACAGAUCAGAGACACAAGCAUUUGCAUUCUGUAGGAGUGAAGUCCUACAGAUUACAUGAAUCAACGUCUGAGAAGUUACACGGCUAGCUUGACUUGAUUGCACCAUAAAGUAAAAUCAACAAUGAGCAACACAUUCACGAAUGCUUGCAUUAUGCAGGUUUCAUCUUUGUUUCAUCAUCCCAAGUACAUAGAAAUACGAGAAAUACUGGAAGGAAUAUACAUUCUCCAAGUUUUUAAAUCACAUCAACUCAGGAAACAGAGACGACCAUCCUGUACACUACCUGUUUUGACCAAACCAACGGGUACCCGUUAACACUUAAUGGUUUCGUUUUAGGUUGCAACCCGUUGAUACAUGGGCUAAAAAUCAUCAUUUUCUUGCUUCAGAAUUAGUGUAGGUAUAAGUAUAGGGCUUCAGAAUGAAAAGGUUAUGAAAUGUUCCAGAACAGUCUCCAAAAUAGACGCAGAAGAGAGUCAAUUAAAGCUACUACAUCCAAAACCACCUUUUGCAGCAAUGAGUACCAAUUCAUUUUGACGAAAUUUUACAACUCAAUUCUCAAAUCCCAUUCCUCUGUCAUCUAGUUCCCACAACAUAUCUAGGCACAACAAAAACGAAGAUGCAUUGGACCCGAAUCUGAAAGUCAAGUCCAGCAUUUGGUACCUGGUCUUACCAUAUCCAAAGAUUACUAACAAUCUACAACGCUAGAAAAUGAACUGUGCUGAACAAACUGCUGCAAUAUGAAUCUAGUACAUUUGAGUAGUCUUGACCGGCCCUGAUUGUGCUUUUCGGUUUUAUAUGACUACUGAAAUCUUAAAAGUCCUAGAAAAUCCUCCAGACUAGACUCCGUCCCAAUCAUUCAAAAUUAACCUUAUGAAGAAUUGACAUGGAGGAUCUGUCACUUAAAAACUCUGAUGACAAUUUUUCAAGCAAAUAUCUUUUAGUCCAAUCCAACCAGCGUAUUUGAUUCUAACGGUAUUUUGAAUUUUUUAAAUAUGAUAGAUAGAUUUGCUAAUUAUUCCAUUAUUUGGUGGUACCUGUGAUAUUAAAUGAUGGAAAAUGAUUUCGAACUUACUAAAAACAUUUAUAACUAAAAUCUAUCUAGCAACAUAGGGCCAUGCCCUGCCGCAAUAACUAAGAUUGAAAUAUUUCUGAGUAAAACGUAUGUAAUUAUUGUGAAAUUAUGACUGGUACAAGACUUCAACAAUUAAGAUAUCAUGACAGGCUUACCUUUGGAUGUGCCAGCAAAACUUGUAUGAGAUCCUGCCACUGUGAAGAAAUAAGCAUUGUCAAUAGAUGAAGACUACAUGCAACUAGAGUUGAAUGCAAAAAGGGCACGGCAGCUGCAACACUGUUCUCCUAAAUCACAGAAACAGUCAUAGUUAGAAAGCUCGUCAUGACGUAUAUACGAACAAUACAAGUAUUGGCCACUAAAGCACAGAAGAAAACCUGCCCAUAACUUGCGAGUACAAGUAGGAGAUAGAACACUAGAUCCAACACUUGUUCGGUCACUUUUACCUCCUCGAGUAAAAUCUGGAAAAAAAUAGUUUGCUUGAACAGAAGACACAAGGCUAUGAAGAUACACACUGAUGAAUAAAACAUGGAAGUAAUCUAGUUGCAUGAGAUAGUUCAACAGAAAGUUUUGAAACACUAAUCAUCCCUAUUAACACAGGUUCAUGCUGAGAACAUUGAGAACGGGAGGGAUGUCAGGGUGUUACGCACAGCACAUGGCCUAGAAUACCAACAAAAAAUUUACUUAUAUAAAGUAAAAUUUUCAAAAUGAUCUGAACAUUUAAAAAACCAAAAAAAAACUUCCCUAACGAUUUUAGACAUAAUUCAAUUAACUAUGUUCUGUUACAUCCAAGGAAACAUCACAAAGUGACAAUUUUUUUUUUCAGAAUGGAACAUUGCACUACAAUCCAGAGUAGACAGUGUAACAAGGUGCAAGAAGAGAAGAACUGAGCAUUCUUCUCGGUAAUCGAAAAAAAUAGGCUACACAAUAUACACCUAGCCCAGACCAGAUAUCAAAGAGUUACCUGACAAACUCUAGAAAGAAUGAAACAUAUUUUUAUAUACAAUGAAUCAGAGGUUUUCCUCUCGUCACAGCCUUCUUUGAGUCAUCUUCGCUCGUUUUGUCUUGAUCUGUAGAAAGCUCAUUUUCAUGCAGCGUAUUAAAAGACCCAGUGGGUCUCUUUCUUGUGUUCUUCCAGUAUCGCUCAGCCUUGCUUUUUUCUCUCUUUCUCUAUCAGGAGAAGAUAUAAAAGGGAUGGUCUGGAAAAGACUGUGGACGUACUACUCAAAAGGAGUUGAAUCUGGAACAGCUAUAGAAGUUGUAUUUCAUUUCAACUAAAAGGGAGUGGCUUGGUAAUUACUGAACCUAGAGGUAAAUUUUUUUAGCAUGAACAAGGCAAUUAGUUUAGGAAGAAAUUCAAUUCGGAAACAGAAAUGAAAAAAAAGGUCUGAUGAAACGGAUUUACAAAUUGGUAUCACGAUCAAGUCAACCUGCCAAAUAAUCACCAUGAUGUCAUCGACAUCACAGAACAAAGCUACCAAAAAAUGACUUAUAAACAGUCGAAGAGAAAAUUUGAAGGUGGAAAAAAAUGAAAGGCUUUAAAAAUACUAAUGAAAGGACCAAGAAGAAAAAUAUCUUCCGGUUGUUCCAGCGGGUGACAAAAGUAAGUGAAGUUUCAACUCAGCCAUUUAAUAGAGAUUGUGGGAAAAAUGUAUUUUUUGAUUGUCAAAAUUUCUUUCAGGUGGAGAGAAAUUAAAAGAAAACUCCAUAAAGAAAAAAGCGAUGCCUUGCAAAAAGUGAUGGGCACCCCAAAAGUAUAUAUGCUGUAAAUUGUAAUUUAUUUUGUCUGAAAGUACAUAUAUCACACACAUUGAAUGCUAAAAGUGAGCAACGAGAUAUAAAAGCGUGUACAAACCGCUCUCAAUAAGUUUCAAGCACGGAUUAUGGCACCUAAGAGAGCCAAACCUCGUCCUUUCUCAUUACACAGAAUUCUCUGUCCCUUUUUUUCAUUUACUUCCAACAGAAACUACAAAGGAAAAAUCAAGCUCUUUGAUAAUUAAAUAAAUAGUUUUUCUACUCCAAAUGACCCAAAGGGGCACCAGGAAAAUGAACAAAUCAUGUUGGCAGUCCCCUUAAAUUACCUCAUGUCAUUUCGAGCAUUUUCAUAAUCCCAUCAUAACCACUGACAAUUGCUAAAUAAUGCAGGAGUUAGAAUGGCUAUCAUCCAAGAAACUGCUCAAAACACUGAAUAGGUAUGCAAAGGUCACCAACCAGAGCUGCGUGAACCCUUCACUCUCAGGCUAGUUUUCCACAUAAUGAAUUCCCCCGGGAGGGCAUUAAAAUAUAUUAAUAUAUACCAGUUUUAAUGAACUGCAAUCCAUAUCUUUCUCGUAAGCUGUAUCAGAAAAGUCAAAUCACGAAGAAAAUUGUUGGAUAAGGCCUCGGAUUUCUACCUAACAUUAUAUUACACAAGUAUCAAAAAAAGCAAAAAAGAGUGAUGAUAUGGGGAUAUAAUUCCUUCCUCUACUCAAGAAAAUAAAUCUUCUAUCCUACACAGAGGCCUUUAUGAGGGUGGUAGCAUUAAGACCAUUGAACCCUGCGCGUUGCUUAUAACUGGAAGGGGGGAACGGGGGUAGGAGUUUAGAUGGAUUCCCUAUUAGGGUAGGUCUGGAAGCUUAUUGGACUAAUUACAAUUUUAUUUUUAAUCAAAUAGCACACAGAUUCCAGAGCUACCGUAAAAGGCAAAAGCUUAUCAAGCCAUGGAGAGUACCUGCUCAAGCCUAACAUGCCGAGAUGCCAGGUCAGAUAAUGAAUGCAAAAGCCUCAUUCCACGUAGAAAAUAUAUCAAGUCGCCUCCACCAUUUGACAAGAGCACAGCAAUAAGAUGCAGAGGGAGUGACGAUGCAAGUUUUUCCACAUCAAUCUGAAUGACAAACGUGUUUCAGAUAACAUAAAGAGAAGAAAAAUUCUAAAAUCCAAGAGGGGGACAGAAAAAAUCCUGGGGCAAAUGUAGAAGAAGGUCACCUGAACCAAGGAACCAUCUUUCGAUAUAUGAACUACGGAAUUCUCCGAUUCCUUCAGCAGUUUACCGAGCUCCAGAGAAGAGAGUCCGUUUAACUCGUCAACUGCGAACACUACGUUGACACUCUGCCAAUAGAAAGAAAGACAAGUCAACACUCCGUGCACGGAAUGGGUCCAGCUUUCCGGCACAGAGAAACCCUAACAGAUGCCAGAGAAGGACGUCCACGCUAUGCAACGUAGGUGAAGUAUACCGCUGCUCAGGAAGACUAAGAAGAAUGGGGCCGAAGAGCAUCGAAGGAAAAAAAAAAUCAUCGUAGAGAUUACUACGUGAAGCACGGAGCGACAAACCUGGUCGGCGUAGGCGCCUGGUUCCUCCGCGCAACGUGCCAUUGAAAGUAUGAAACCCCGGGAUGGGAAAGAACAUCUGAGGGAAAAGAAUACCCGGGGGAAGCCUCUGGUUAUUCAGAGGCCAAGGAACAGCUCUAAACGGACGUCUAGCAACAAAAAAAGCCAGGGGAAACGAAGAAGCGAAGGAAGGAAGAGAUGGGAGCCUGCAACAGACAUCACAUUCCCAAGUGACGCAGCGGAGGAUGGAGAACUAGAGCGGAGCCUCGCGGCCUACAGUGGGGGGGAGCGUGAGUUGGGAAGGUCCACUCUGAGGAGAAGAAGUUGGCGCACAGCUAGCGACACCAGCAGCGGAAGCCGGCGGGGAGGUGAGGGGCGGUGGAGUUGACGAGAGGAUGAGGACCAGCCUGAGACCACCGACGAGAAAGUAACAGGUGGACGCAGAGCAAGUCCUGCGGAGGAAGGGGGUCCAACAGAAAGCAAACGAGCAAGCGAGGGAGAGGAACAGGGAGAGAAGGUGGCCGCGCAGGGCGAGGAGGGCGAGGGCAGGAAGGAGACGCGUCAAUCCUCGACGCCAACUCGGUGUGGGAGAGGUCUUCCGUUCGCGCGAUGUGGGGCGUGUUCUCUCUUAGCUGGUCCUCGCUUCCCUCCGGCUUCGAUCGAGGUACUGAUGCAGAGACGAACACAGAGAGAGCGAGAGAGGCCCCUCUUUGGAAGUAAAUACCCCCGGAAACAAGGCCCCAACGUACAGUAACCAUGACAUUUUAAAUUCGGCUCCGUGAUCGGGAAUCACGUGGCAUAGGAAGUCAAUGCCCAGAUUAAAUACUGUUUAUAAAAAUAAAUAAACAAAAACCUUAUUAACUGCUACGAUAAUUGAUCUCGAUCUGACCUCAUAUCCUAAUAAUUCGAGCAUAAAAAUUCAGCCGAAAAUGAAAAAUAGGCGAGGGGUUAGCUUUCUGGUUCAUUUGAAUUUUGUUAUCAUCACGUGACCGCCCCCCCAUGAUUAAUCGUAUCGUCAUUAGCUAUCCUCGAAUGGGCAUUUAGAGAAAGUCCACGUGGGCCCUAAUGUGGAUCGUCAUUUAAAAACCCAAUAAUAUCCUAUAUUCAAUAAUAUUCCUAUAUUUUAUUUUUUAGUGGUAGAUGCGUAUUUAUUUCCCAAAAAUUUCAACUUUCCAUUGUGACCAUAAUAAAAAUUUGGUAAGGUUUUUAAAAAUAAAAAUAAUAUAAUUUUAUAUUUUCAUAAAUAAAGGUGAAAAGAGUUAAUGUAUAGACUGAACGAUUCACUCAUUUUCAAGCUAUAACCAUCUAAUGGACGAAAAUGAUCCCUUGAUAGCAAUAAUUAAUGGAUGUUGUUCUGAACACUAGUCUAGACUUAGAUUUUUACCAUGAUUCUUCAUUGAAUAUUUAUCACUUUAUACUGCACCAAACUUAAUGCUUAAAUUCAUGUAAAAGAUAAAUAAUGUAUUAAAAUCAACUUAAUAAAAAUUACUUUGUCAUUUAAAAUUUAUAGAUAAUUGUUGGGAAAGAUGACGAGUUGGGGAGAGAUUUUAGGAACCAAUAUUUUUCAUUCAACUCCAAUGUCAAUAGCAUCCCUCUCCCAAAUGACUUGAGAUUUUAUCCCAUUAACUAGAAUGAAAUAAUAUCCUUGUAAAUACUAUUAAUUAUUAAAACGAUAACCUUCUGCUCAUGAGCAUAUAAAAACAUUGAUGUGGAUCUAUAUCUCUCAACUAAUUAUCCUUGCUAAUCAAACCAUUUCAUAAUUAUUUUUUUAUGUAAGUAAAGUAUAGAGAAUGAUAAGAUAAUAUUUUCAUAAAUAUAUUUCAAGUAAAAUAAAAUUUAGACAUCCCAUAAAAUAUAAAGUUGUUGAGCCUCCAAAUAAAAUCGUUCUAUCACAUUUUAGACAAAUCCACUGGCCUUGAUGUAAAUAAACCCUAAUGCUCCCUUUUAGAAAUAAGAACAAUUAAGGAAAGUCAAUGAGUGGGAAUAUUGAGAAUGUAGGGUUGGAUUGGUUCUAGGAAAGAAAUUACCCCUAUUUUUUAUUAGAGAUAAUUUCUUUGUCACAAAUACACUUAGCUUUGGUUGCUUAUCUAGGAUGGGUUGACUCCAUCAUGUCAACUUCUAUGCUACCAAAAGAGAUGCAAUACAUAUCUUGUCCACAACCAAACUUGAAUAAUCUAGACUCACUAAGUUGUACUAUUGAAAGAUAGUUAAUAUCAUUAAAUACAAAUGUUUAUGAUCAUUGAUUAAUUGAGAUAAUAUAGAGAGCUAGUAUUUAUUAUAAGAUUUUAUCUUAAAAUUAUUUUACAAUUAUAAAAAGGAUGACACUCGUCUUUCAUUGAGACUAUUUCUUAGCUAUAUUUAUCUUAUAAAACCCACGUAGUCUUCAUUAGUAUGGCCAUGCAUGGUUUAUGAACACGUGAAGAACCUACUAGUGUUGACCAAGUGACCAAAGUUUACGAAUGAAUUUGUUGUUAUAAUUUAAUUAUUUAACCAUUAUUAAUAUAAAUAUAUAUUUAAGGUAUUAUGAUUUUAAUUAUGACAAGAGUAAUCUUGUUUGGUUUAAAAAAAUAUAAAAAAAAUAAGAAUAAACCAGAGACAAACACUGCAUUUUUAGGGAAAGCAUUUGAUUGAAGAUGUGUUCAAUCGAGGUCUGUUCUUUACUUUACCAAGUAAUAAGAUUGGUAAACAUGGUGCAUAGAGAGUCACACACCCAAGGGAAACGCUUGCAAAGCCAUAAAUAGAAACUGCAUGCCGAGGAAAACAGGAAAUUUAUUGGCUUCCUAUAAAAAAGGUGCAGCAGGUUUACCAAGAACAUGAACAGAUUCUGGUGUUUGAGAGGUAACAUGCUUCAAUGAUCCGAUUUCAAGGGAAUUAAAAGAAGAAGAAGGAGAAGAAGGAGAAGAAGAAGAAGAAGAAGAAGAAGAAGAAGAAGAAGGAGAAGAAGAAGAAGAAGAAGAAGAAGAAGAAGAAGAAGAAGAAGAAGAAGAAGAAGAAGAAGAAGAAGAAAAUGGUACCUCCAUGA